AUGCUCAGCAUUCGUCUGCGUUCGCGGAAAUUGGCCACCCUCUGGACGCCACGGGCUGGCGCCCCGAAGAGGGCAGGAAAUAGAGUAGCUGCCUGUGGUACCGAAGCUGGACAGUUUGGCCGCCUCCAGACCGUCUCCUCGGCCCCACAAACUUCUCUAUCCUCCUCAUUCUUCACUGAACGCCAGACAGGCCCGCCGAGUUUGUCUCGCCUCGAGAGACCGACCUCGUCGACUCGCCCGGCAACCGAUCGCCAAGACUCAUCGCUCCAGACCUCCUCCCAGCCCCGUCCGACCCCGGCGCCGGUGGCGUCAGCUGCUGGCGCCACGACUCCACCGCGGCUCGACCUCCGGCGCUUGGCCUUUGAGGCUCCAUCGCCAACCGACGAGCUCGCCUCGCCUCCAGACCGGGCCUGGAAAACGCCCUCCAGUCGGCCCAUCUGCUUCAGCCUCACCGCUCCGGGAGGCCAUCGCCUGCGCAUCACCCCGCCCGAGGUCGAUUCACACGGCACUUCUUCCCCGCUCGACGUCGGCCUGACAACCAGACGCGAUCGCCAACUCUGCAGCCGACUUCACAUACACUUCAAGCCCCAACAUCUCUGCUCAGCAGCCACAACACAAGUAGUCAUGGCAACCGGUUGGUUGGUGCUACCCUGUCUUCUCGCUUAG